AUGACCUUCGAUCUGGCUAAAUACUCCAGUAACUUGCAAAUUGGGGCCAAAUUCCAUGAUCUUUCCAUCUUUUCCGCCACCGGUGAUCACAUUUCCAUCUUUAAGUACACAUAUGGAAAAGACUGGACCUUCAUUUUUGACGUGCGUGGCAAGCCCCUCUCGCAGGCUCGCCACUGGUCAGCACCGGAAGUGUUCGGCUCCCGCGCCUACUUCCGGACCGUAUCUGAGCCUGCGCAGUUGGUGGUGGACGAUGUGCGCAGACACGACGAGGGGAUCUACAGGUGCAGAGUGGACUUUCGCAAUGCGCAGACUAGGAGUUUCAGAUACAAUCUCACCGUUAUAGGAGGAUUAUCUGUGGUAUACCAUAAGUGUACCGUAUGA